GAAGCAGUAGUCAAACCGAGGCCCGACACGCACAUUCGACGGAAGUUCAGAACAGCAAGUUCUUAUCCUCGGAAAAGACCUCCGUGACGUCACAAUCACGUGAUCCUACCAUGUGACCGCUCCGUUGCGCUGCAAUAGAAGAAUUUGAAGCAUUGUGCUGCAAGUAACAGAAGUUAUAGAUUAUUCUGCAAAUGGAAACUUUAAGCUCUGCACCUACUGACAAUGCAGUACUGGAGUGUGUAUUGAAAGAUGAUUUACAAGCUUUAAAGUUACUGUUUGAAGACCCUUCUGAACCUGAAAAACGGAGAGCAACAGAUCUACUCUUUAAAAAAGAUUUGAUGGGAAGAAAUGUCUUGUUUCCAGCUUGCAUUCUGGGUCGAUGUGAAGUAGUUAAAGAAUUGAUCAAAUAUGGUGCAAGUGUAAAUUCACUGACAUCUAGAGGCUAUUCACCACUGCAUUGUGCUGCAGCUUGGGGCCAACUAGACAUAUUAAAAACCCUAGUAGAGAUGGGAGCUGAUACCAAAGCUUGCAACUUCUGUAAUGAAAAGGCAUACGAAAUAGCAAUACGAUACAAUAAAACUGAAUGUACGGAUUUCCUGGCCUGGGCUGAAGCUAAACUGGAACUGAAAAUGUACAUCAGCUUUGUCCAGCAGUCCAUUACAGACCUAGAAAAAGGGAAACUCAACAAACAAUACAAGCACCAGGUUAUGGCUGCCUGUAAAUCCAAGAAUGAUUGGUUAGAGCAUACAAAGAACCCAACAACUCAUGAUUUUGUGGAACAGAAGCUGCAACUGGAAGCUGUUAUGCAGACUAUCUUCAACAAACUUAACACUAGUCCAGACAGUGGAAAAUCCACCAGUAAAUCAUAACCGGUGACUAUGUACAUAAUUUUAACAAAAAUAAAUGAUUAAAAUAC